AUGACAAUUUAUGCUCGUGAUUCACUCGUUCAGCUUUGCAAUACUGGUGAUGUUAUUGAAGUAAGUGGUAUAUUCCUUCCAUUACCAAUUAAAGCAUUUCGUCAGAGUUUAGUCAGUGAAACAUAUAUCGAAGCACAAAACAUCAUUGUAGCACCGAAAUACGACGAACAACUUGAAGAAGAAACAAGUACAGCAACAGAUGAAGAAGCAAGAACCUAUGCUGCCCUUGCAUCUUCAAUUGCUCCCGAAAUCUUCGGAAUGGAUGAUGUUAAGAAGGCUUUACUUCUUGAACUCGUUGGUGGCGUUACUCGUACGUUCGAAGAUGGUGUUCGUAUUCGUGGUGACAUCAACAUUUUGUUGAUGGGUGAUCCUGGUGUUGCCAAAUCACAACUUCUUAAGUAUGUUGCACGUAUAUCACCACGUGCUGUUUAUACAACAGGCAGAGGUUCAUCUGGCGUCGGUUUAACAGCUGCAGUUCUUAAAGAUCCAGUUACAGGCGAAAUGGCACUUGAAGGUGGUGCUCUUGUUCUUGCUGAUAAUGGUAUCUGCUGUAUCGAUGAAUUCGAUAAGAUGCAGGACUCAGAUAGAACAGCAAUUUACGAAGUUAUGGAACAACAGACAGUUUCCAUUGCUAAGGCAGGAAUUACAACAACAUUAAAUGCUAGAACAGCUAUUCUUGCUGCUGCUAACCCUGUUCAUUCAAGAUAUUUAAUUAACAGAUCAUUAUUAGAAAACGUUAACCUUCCAGCUGCUCUCAUUUCACGUUUCGAUCUCCUCUUCUUACUCUUAGAUCGUCCAACAGUUGAAAGUGAUAAAGCUUUGGCCGAACAUAUCGCUUAUGUCCAUAUGAACAUGCGCGCUCCAGAUUCAACAGCUCGCGUUAGCUUAGCCAAGCUUCGUGAACAUAUCGCUAAGGCUAAGGAGUAUAGUCCUAUUAUUCCUCCAGAACUCGAAAAUUACAUUAGCUCAGCUUAUGUUGAAAUGCGUAUGGAAAAUACAGAAGAGCCUAUUACACCACGUUAUCUUCUUGCUAUUCUCCGUCUUUCAAUGUCUCUUGCUAAAUUAAGAUUUGCUGACGUUGUUACAGUUGAUGAUGUUGAUGAAGCACUUAGACUUGUUAAGGCUUCUAAACUUUCUCUCGAAACAAAGCCAGAAGAUCAGAGUAAGCAAGAUAACAUUACAGCAAUCUACACAAAGAUUAACAAUGCAUUCCGCGGUCAUAAGAAUGUUAACGUUUCUGAAAUUGAGAAACUCAUUCUUAACAGCGGCUUUACAAAAGAAGAUCUCGUUAAUACCCUCGAUACUUAUGAGCGUUAUGGCGUGUUUAUGCUUAACCCAUCACGUACUGUUGUUACAUUUGUUCAAAAUCAAUAA